AACCCUAUAUAAGCAGCUACAAAAUACAAUCUCAGAAGCUAAGAAUACAGAACAAUUCAGUUUUUAUUCAAAAACUAAGAAGACAAAAUGAAGCACCGGAGUCUGUUGGUUUUCUUCAUCUUUCUGUUGAUCCAAGAACAGGGGAUAUUCGUUCAAGUGAAAGCAGAGGAUGGGUUCAUCAGAACAAAAGGAGUGCAUUUGAUAUUGAAUGGAAGCCCAUUUUAUGCAAAUGGAUUUAAUGCAUACUGGCUCAUGAACCUUGGAGCUAAUCCAUAUCUUAAAAGCAAAGUUUCAUCUGUACUUCAAGAAGCUAGGGACCAUGGCCUCUCAAUGGCAAGAACUUGGGCUUUCAGUGAUGGUGGUGAUAGCCCUCUACAGUAUUCUCCGGGUUCAUAUAAUGAACAAAUGUUCCAGGGAUUGGAUUUUGUAAUAUCAGAAGCUCAAAAAUAUGGGAUUAAGUUGGUGUUGAGUUUGGUGAAUAACUAUGACGAACUUGGGGGCAAGAAACAGUAUGUGAACUGGGCAAGAAGUCAGGGGCAAUCCAUUUCAUCUGAUGAUGAUUUCUUUACAAACUCUGUCGUGAAGCAAUACUACAAGAAUCAUAUCAAGACUGUACUUACAAGAAGAAACACCGUGACUGGAGUUGCUUACAAAGAUGAGCCAACAAUAAUGGCUUGGGAGCUUAUGAAUGAGCCAAGAUGCAAAACAGAUCCAUCAGGAAAAACCAUUCAGGAUUGGAUUACGGAGAUGGCUUCUUUCUUGAAAUCCAUUGAUGGAAAUCACUUACUCGAAGUUGGUUUGGAAGGUUUCUAUGGACCAUCAUCAUCUGAGAAGCAGCAAUACAAUCCAAAUUUUCAAGUGGGAACGGAUUUCAUUACAAAUAAUCAAAUUCCUGGCAUUGACUUCGCUACAGUUCACUCAUAUCCUGAUCAAUGGCUUUCCGGCUCAAGUGAAGAAAGCCAACUUUCAUUUUUGAACAAUUGGCUCAACAUUCAUAUCCAAGAUGCGCAGAACAUUCUUCAGAAGCCAGUUAUCUUGGCAGAGUUCGGAAAAUCUUUGAGAACUUCUAGUGUUAACCAAAGGGACCAGAUUUUUAAUAUAGUUUACUCGGCAGCUUAUUCGUCUGCUAGGGGUGGAGGUGCAGCUGUUGGUAGCAUGUUCUGGCAACUUUUAGCCGAAGGAAUGGAUUCUUACGGAGAUGGGUAUGAAGUGAUCUUCAGCAAGAACCCAUCGACAGCAGGCAUCAUUAUUGACCAAUCUCAAAAGCUGAAUAAGAUUCGAAAGAUGUUCUUGAGGCUGAGAAACAUUGAGAAGUGGAAGAAAGCCAGGAAUAUUGGAAGGGCUGGGAAGGGUGGCAGUAGUAAUGGAAACUGAGAAAUUGGAGAUAGU